AUGGAAACCCCUGCGCACAACGGUGCUGCUGCUGUCGACGCAUACGUUGCGGCCAGCAUCCCGGCGGCUUCCACCGCAGCCGUCAACUCCGCGACCGUGGCACCCUCGGCCGAGUUAGACUACGCGGCGCAGCGUCAAGAUGUAGCGAUAGACCCACUUCCAUCGGACGCUCUCUGCGUUUCCCCACCCACAAUGGCCCAAGUGCCACUCCCUAGACUAGAAGAUGGCGUAGAGACGGCGGCCCCUUCGGCGGGUACCCCUUUGCCGUCGUUGAGCGCUACUACUACCACCUCCGCUGUUGCGCGGGAAUCAUCUCAUCCCCACCUGCAUCUUCUGCACAUCAUACAGCAGCAGCAGGAGCGCAUCGCCGUAUUACAAACGUCGCUGGCACACGCUUCAAGGAGUGCGCAGCGCUCGUCUGAAGCUCUGGAGUCUCUGCAGGGCAAGCAGCGUGUCCCUGCUUGCACUGGCCGCAUCCGUCCGGUGGGCGUAGCUUCGUCACCCGUUGGUCGCGCGUCGGCACCGUUGCCGUCUACCGCAGAAAUGGCAUCAGCAGUGGCCAACACCGUGCGGUGGGCGGACAGUGUCGCUGUGACGGCAAUGCCAACAUCACCCGUUUCAUGCGGCUCGUUCACGGAGUGGAAAGACGACGUGCCUCAGGUGGUGUGCUGCUCGCACACUCCCUCGUCGCCCUCCACCUCACCAGCAACGUUCUCACCGCUGCCGGUGAUUCUCCUCGACAUCACGUCGAUGUUCACGACGCGAUCGACGCGUGCGGCGGCAGCUCAACCUGAAGCGCAGCAGUCAUCACCCUCGACUCACCGCCGGAGCUCAGAGACGCAAACCUACUCUGUUGCCACGGAGGCCGCGACGCCGACCGACGACGACAUCGCUGGCAGCAGUGACGCGGCAAGGCAGCUGGUGGACCGACUGCGUGGCGAGCUGGCCGGCGCGCGGCGGAGACUCCAAGCCGCCGGUACGUCGGUGUUGUCGUAUCGCUCCAGCAUUCUUGCUCUUGAGCAAAGCUCUGCCCCAGGUGCUUCUUCUCGAGAGCCCGCCGAUGCUGUGUCUUGUAAUGGUGGGCCGGGGGCUUCACACAGGCUUGAUUCCGUCCCAGGCGUGGACGGGGCUAGUUGCGAAGGAGCUGCCACAGAAUGCAUAGGGCACGACGAUACAAGAAAGGACAUGGAGGAGCUACAACGCCUCCGACUGUUGCUGCGCUUCUCAGAACUCAAGAAGGACAGCGACCGGCUCGCUGAGGUGGAGGGUGCCCUUCGAGAGUCCUCUGCGGCUCAGCUGCGGCUGCGGCAGCGCUGUAAUUCUCUGGAGCACGAAAAUUCACAGCGAGGGGACUGCCUGCGGGCGAUUGCGUCGUGUGUUGAGACGACGUUGGCUGCCUCAAGCAACGGCACCUUUGGCCACCGCAGAGAUGACAGUACCGCUACCGCUACUCCACCCAUUGAACUGUCGGAUAGCCUGGUGAGUCUUCUGAGGUAUGUUCUGCACCUCUGCACAGACGCGGCACUGACUCCGGGUGCGCACAAGGAACCCUUGCCGCUACCGUACCCUUCUCUACCGAAGGCCAGACAAUCGUCUGUGCAGUCACGCCAGGAUCGCCUACACAAGGCUGUGAGCGACAGCCGUGACGGCAGGCGAUCUCUACCGCUCCGCCCGCCUUCCCGAAUGGCGUCGUGGCACGGCUCUGGCGCGGCAGCGGCUGCUGGACUCGGUGAGCGACGUGCGAGUAAGCACUGA